GAGAGAGGACAGAGGACAGAGGGGGUUCUACUGCCACACAGCCUCUGCUGCUAGAAUUGUCUACGGGGGUCUUGUUUCCCCACUGAUGUGCCCAAGGCAAGGUUGUGUUACCCGUCAUAAACAUAGAACUAAUGCCAUCCCUAAAAAUGAAGAGCAAAGUGAGCACAAUCUGUUUAACAGAAAGAAAGGAUCUUCAUGUCUCUCCAAAAUCAAAUGUGAUUUCCAAAAAGUCGUGCUCUAAGAUCACAAUUUCUGCUCAAGUGGCUGAAACAGACACUGCCUUUCAUGAUUGCCAGGAUGUUACCUUAAAGACACAGGUGUCCCCAAAAGACAUUGAAGGCACUGUAUCCGUUGACAACAAGGAGCAUAUGCAUAAAGAAGAUUCUGACAUCCACCAGCAAUCAUUUUCUGCUGGUUCCCCUCCUCUGGGAAGAAUGGAAUCAAAUGACUUAUGUACAGCAAACUUGGAAACGAUUUUUUCUCCUGCUUUUGAGCCCAUUGAGGCUCACUCUGAGCGCUAUGCUGACAGUGAUGCAGUUGAGAGCAUUACUUAUGGUGACAUGAGAGGACUAGAAGCUGAUGAGGAUGAAGAUGGAAGAAUCAGAUGUGGCUAUGAAACAUGUGAUGUGUCUGACUUCUACAUUUCUGACAUGAUCAUGACAAGCUUACCCAUGGAUGGAGAUGCUUUUGCUGGUGAUACCAGCUGCAUAUCUGAUUAUAAAUCUGCAGAAUCAACCAUGUUUGAUGCAGCUGACCGGUACAUGGUCCUCCCUGCUCUAGAAGAUGAUGCUAAAAUUGAGAGUACUUCCAAUAUCACAUCAUGUGAAGAAGCCAUAAUGGUUCAAGAAAAUGUUAGCCUCUAUUCAGCAAUAGGGCAGAUAAGAUCCUGCAACCAGGGUUCUGAUCUUAUAAUUGACUCUGAUAAGGCUGAAUGCUUUGAUCCACAGUCAUUUAUCAAGAAUCUACCAGAACUCUCUGACAUAGAAUCGGAUAAUCAACAUGCUGUAACAUCAAAGGCAUCUCAGAGAAGAAAAUCAGUAACUCUUGUGCUUGAUCUAGAUGAGACUCUUGUUCAUUCUACAUUAGAACAUUGUGAUAAUGCGGAUUUCACCUUUACCGUCUUCUUCAAUAUGAAAGAUUACACAGUAUAUGUAAGGAAGAGGCCAUACCUCCACACAUUCUUGGAGAGGGUAGCAGAGAUGUUUGAAGUAGUUAUUUUUACUGCCAGUCAAAGCAUUUAUGCAAAACAACUGCUUGACGUAUUGGAUCCUGAUGGGAAACUUAUUUCUCACCGGGUAUACCGUGAGUCUUGCAUUUUUUCAGAUGGUAAUUACACCAAGGAUCUGACAAUUUUAGGUGUUGAUCUCGCAAAAGUUGCCAUAAUUGAUAAUUCCCCUCAGGUUUUCCGCUUGCAAGUGAAUAAUGGAAUUCCUAUAAAGAGUUGGUUUGAUGAUCCAUCUGAUUGUGCACUGAUGUCAUUACUUCCCUUUCUAGAGACACUGGCUGAUGCAGAUGAUGUCCGUCCAAUUAUUGCGGAGAAAUUUGGUAACAAAGAAUAAGGUUUCUCACUAGAGCACAAUUUGCGGCUUCUCCUUUUUCUAAUAAUAUUUCAAUGAAAAUUUGUCCUCUAAUUAGAAUAUAAGGUAUCCUUCUGCUUUAGCUCUUGAGGUGAAUUAACUAUAUAAUAAACUAUCAGUUAUCUUAUUGUUGAGUCCAAGUAUGGUUCCGUUUUCCUCUCAGUUGACGGCUCCAUGGAGUGCUUUGUUUCUCUUACGAGGUAGUCGCAGCAUCUGUCUCUCAUUUCUCUCUUAAUCCCUAGUUCUUGUACAGUUGAAGUGUUUAUUAUUCUCUGAGGGUGUACAUGAAACAUUUUUAGAUUAAGGAGUAUAUAGCUGGUAAAAUUACAUAGUUUCAUUUAUGAUUUCAUGAGAUAGGCCUAUUAAAUUUCAUGAAUGCUGGCUAGAAACGGAAAUAUAUAAUUGAUUUCUGUCUUUGGAUCAUUGUUGCUAGUAAACUGCUUCAGUUUUCCGUUUUUUUCCCCCCUGUACAUGCGCUGCUAGGAUUGUGGUUAAAACACUGUCUUGUGGAUUUUAGGUGGCAUGUGAAGCAAAGCAAGGCUGGAAUUUAGUUCAUAAAAACUUCCAGGACAUGUUGCUCCUGGACUAAAAGACGCUUAGCAAAAUCAAAGAGCCCAGAAUAAGCUGAAGUCUGAAAUUUUAAUUACUAGAAUUGACAAAUUGCGUAGUAAUUAUUGAAAGGAGGCUCUGCAUUAGUCUAUUAGAUGAUAAUUAGUCAUCAUGUGUCUGCUAAAACAGUGCACAGAAAUUUAUGGACAUUGAUAUGAAACUUCGAUAUGCUUGUGAGAGUAAGUGAAUGACAAAUAAUAUAAUAGUGAGACUAAUUAUGAUGAGAAUAAUAUCAAAUAACUGAAGUUUAAGUUACAUUUGUAAAAAAAUUGAUGGUAAAUGCUAUCAUAUUAGCUGCAAAACAUUCGUUCUACCCAAAUGUGUCCACCAAAGUGUGUUUACAUUACAAAGUAUAUAGCUUAUCUUCCUUGUGCUAACUAUGCAAGAAAGAUUUAGCUUCAAACUAUCAUCUACAUUCCAAUAUAGUAUGAGAAAUGUGAACGACUUGUUAUCAAAGAACAUCUGUGUUCUCCUUCUUAACUUUCCUAUGAAUAUGGUUAUUUACAAUACAUGUUCAAGCUGUGGUCUCUGUUUGUUUGGAAUUUGAGUCCUCUCUGGAGUUAGUCCCGUAGAUGUCUCUGUUCUUACAUUCAGCAUGCCACUGGUGACUGGUGAGAGUUUUGCAAUCAUACAAAUUAUUCAAGAAUGAUGCGGAAUUAAUGAUUUACAAAGCGAGCAUUAGUAUUUACAUGAGAGGACGUGUUACAACUGUAAAAUCCACUCCCAAGCUUUCAUAUCACAUGCUUUCUUGAAAAUCCAGAGCUUCAGAACCAAAUUCAGUUGUUGAAUGGUUAUUUUGAUCAUCAGAAAAUAUAUUAGAUAUACCUAGAAAAGUAGUACCAGUAUGGAUAUGUUUAUUGGAUGUGACGCGAUUGGAUAUGAUAGAUAUAAUAAUCUUUAAAAUUUGAAGAUAUAGGUACGAGAAAUAUUAUUCAACAAUGUAACACAUGAAAUACUAAGCAACAUCAUAGAAAAUUGAGUUCCGGACAAGCAUUUCAGAUCUAAAAUAAAUGUGUCCAAAACAAGAUGCUAAUGAAAAACAAAACAAAUGAAAUUAUAGGCUUCAAUUCAACUUAAAUAAGGUUCAUUUCCAUUUACAUCAUUAAGGUUCUUUGUAAGCUCUUGUGCAGUUUUAGAGCAUUUCAAAAUUGUCCAAUGCAUUUUGAUAACGUCCUAAAACAUAUCCCACAAGAAAGACUGUGAUAUAGGUGUUAAAAGUAUGUUGUGUGUAUUGGGGAAUGUGGCAUACGUGUCAUAUUAGAGACAUACCCGACAUUGGUUCAUCUUUUCUGGAAUACCAUUGUAUCAACAAAAUGUGUUUACUUGAUAUAGUUGGUAAUUAGACAUAAAGCUGGACAACAACUUGUUUACUUGCUAUAAUGAUUUUCUGAAUCGACUUCCAAGAAGCAUUAACUUACCAAAGCAAAAUGAUUCUAGGAAAGAGUACAUUUUGAGAAAGGUUGCAACAUAUAGUUGAGAGGAAUGAUUGAUAAACCUUCGUGGGAGAGUGGUUAUAAUAUCUGUCAUCGUUUUUUGUAGAUGGGAUGACAUGUUCAAAUGGUAGAGGUUUAUAUUUUGAAGGAUAUAUAUUCGCCAUUUAGUAGUCACGCAUGAUUAUGCUCUCUACAAUGUCAAUAAUUUCUGUAAGAAUCAGACGGGAUAUUUCUUAUCAUGACAUGUGGUGAAUGUAGUGACAUGAAAUUUAUAAUUUCUUUAUGUGCUAAGAUUUGAGUUCAUCAACUAAUAAGGUCAGUCAUGCAUCCAAGAGGCCUUUCCUUUUCACUUUGGUCAGGGAAUGCGUCCUAUGUCAGCUAGCAGAAUGGCACGCGAGUCAUUGCUGAAGUUUGGCUUGGUGAAAUAAUGCCAGUCUCCUAUUCUGUAUUGAUAUCCAAGGAAACUGUGACAGCAUUUAUGAGAUGUUUUGUAUCAUUCUUACACCGGUUUUCUUCUUCUUCUAUGGGUUAUUUGAACUUUGUUAAUUAGCUUUGUUUAUGUUUCCAUAAUUCUAAGAAUGCUAUCUAACACUGCAAUACUGGCAUAAAAACAUGUGAAAAAUGAAAAAGGUCAUCUUGAAAUUUACAUCUGUAAAGCUCAAACAUGCCGCUGAAUGUCAAAUAGAUCAACGGCUUGUUAACUAGGGCUAUCUUGUCUGCUUUUUCCCCUGAUACAUGCCUGCGACUGGGGUUUAUAUGAAUCAAGACCUUAAUGUAAGAGGGCAAAAGGAUGGUUCAUAUAGGUAGAAAUAAUGUUCUCAUAAAUAUCUUAAAAUAUUAUACAUUUGGCUGUGCUGAUAUGCUAAAGUGGCCCGUAGUGACCUUAAUAGUCCUUGAAGAUAGUGAUUAGGUGACAGCAAUUUAUAUUAUUCAUCAGGACAGCCAUUUGGUGGUGUCUAUAAGAGAUAUCAAAAUUUGAGUGAAUUUCCUGGUUAGAAACAGGUUUGGUUCAAUGGUUUGAAAUUGAUUAAAUCUAUUCUCAUAUGUGCUGUAAGGGUUGGGCUGACCGUUGGAGGUUGAGGUAAAACACAAUUACCCUGAGAAAGCAUAGGCCUCAGAAUUUUUCCAAAAGAUGAUAUCCCCUUCAUCAGAAUCUCUACAUCUCUUGUUUUUUGUUUUUGGGUGAAUCAGGAGGAUUAAAUUAACACGCAAGAAGUAAAUUGACUGGUAAGUAGCUAAUUAGCUGUGCUUCAACACUAUAUGCUCUAGCCAUGUAGUGUCUUGAUGAUGCAGUUCCUUCUGGGAUGCGACUGAGAAAUGCGGCUGCGAAAGUUGAGUAGGGGAUCAUUUAAACUACUCAAGCUCUCUUUUUUCUUUAGAUUCAGUAUCUGACUAUCACUUCUUUGAUGAUGUCUGCUAUUGGCAAUCCGCAUGUACUUUCAUAAUUUUGCAUCCAUUCUCUGCAGGUCUCUGAAGGAAAAUUAAUAUAAUAUUAACCUUAAUGGCAAUCUUUUAGGUAAGUAAAUUUUGUUCACAUCUUACUGGUUAGAAGCUUCGUAGGUAUAGGCCUUAUUUGUCUUCGGGGAGAUUUUAAGUGCAAUUUAUUAGUACUGAUAUUUUUUCAGUUCAGUGUUGUAUGAUUGAUGUGUUUGGAGGUUUGUUAAUAUUUGAAAGUUUUAUUAGAGAAUCUAAACAAACAUGUAAGAAAAUUUUCCGGAGUUUUCUCCUUUUCAUUGCCCAGGUGGCGGGGGAGCCUUUGUAAAUUAGAAUCUGAAAUGUUGGUGGGAGAGCCUUGUAAAGAUAGAAUCUAAAACGUUAGAUUUUUUCAUCUUAUGGUCCUCCCUUUUUCUUUAUUGUUUGUUCAGCGAUAUAUUAUUUUAUUUGUCUGCUAUGGAUCUUCUAGGUUCAUGAA